AUGGACCUGAUAAAAUACUUGAUUGAAAAGCUAGCGCUAACUGGAAGGAUGGCCAAAUGGCUAUUGUUAAUAUCAAAAUUUGACAUAACUUAUGUCAACCAAAAGUCUAUGAAGGGGCGAGCAGUCUCAGACCACCUUGCUGCACAUCUGGCAGAAUCAGAUUCUCGACCAAGGGAAGAUCUUUUCUCGGAUGAGGACUUAGCAUGCAUGGAAGAAGAAGGGUGCAAAGAUUGGUGGCAGUUAUAUUUUAAUGGCGUAGCCAAUCAAAGGGGAUAUGGGACCAGAAUAUUGCUGAUAACCCCAGAGGAUCUUUAUCUCCCUUCUACUUUCCGAUUAGAGUUCCCAUGUACCAACAACAUUAUAGAGUACAAAGUAUGUGUGAUUGGCCUCAAGGCCGCCAUGGCAUUGGAAAUCAAUAAGUUGAAAGUUUAUGGGGAUUCAUCAAUCGUAAUCUGUCAAACUCAAGGAAGAUGGAAAACGAAAGAUGAAAAGCUGAACCCUAUCAGGAACACUUAG